GGGAGGAGAAGGGCGGACGGCGGCUCCGGUGCUCAGUCGCCCCCCAGCCGCCGCCGGGGGACCUCGGUUGUUGUCCGUGCAUGGUCCGCCGUGGGAGAGCCUCGGAGCGGGUCCAGGUGGAGGAGAAGACGUGGACUCCCCGUCAGCGCCCGUGGCUGCCAGCAGGCACAGCGAUGCUGGUCUAGACGCCCCGGGCAGCAGCGGGUGGGCAGCAUGCAGUCCAUAAAGCAGGAGCUGGACUCCAGCGGGUCCUACAGCGGAGACGACGCCCUGGUGCUGGCCGUGGCCUUACAGGGGGACAACGCAGACCUGCUGGGACACCAAGUCCCCUCGCUGCCCUACAAGGGUAAGACCACCUGCCGCAGGAAGAGGGAGUUCAUCCCGGAGGAGAAGAAGGACACGGUUUACUGGGAGCGGCGCCGGAAGAACAACGAGGCGGCCAAACGCUCCCGAGAGAAGCGGCGCAUCAACGACAUGGUUCUGGAGAACAAGCUGCUGGCGCUGGGGGAGGAGAACGCCUCGCUGAAGGCCGAGCUGCUGUCCCUCAAGCUCAGGUUUGGCCUGGUGAGUUCGGCGGUCUACGCUCAGGAGGUCCAGAAGCUGUCCAGCGCCUCGCCCGUCAGCCUGUACCCGGACUUCGUCCCCGCCGCCGGCGGCCUGGCGUCCGGCGGCAGGGAGGUGGAGCCUCUGCACAUAUCGGUCAUCAAGCAUUCACCCCACGUGCCCGGGACGCGCGCCGCCGCUCAGGGAGGCUUCGCCGGCGUGUGCGGGAGCGCCGAGGUGAAGCGGGAGCCGGCGGAGGAGAGGCGGAGCCCCUACGAGCUGUACCAGCGCUGCGUGGCCGGCGCCCUGACCGCCGCCUUCUCCCAGCCCGCCGCCUUCAUGCAGCUCGCCCGCUCGUCCAGCGACUCGCCCCGCAGCUCCGACGACGGGGCGGUCAGCAAGUCGUCGGACGGCGAGGACGAGCAGCGGGUCCCCAAAGGCCCGGCGCCGGCGGCCCUGUCAGCGCCCGACCCCCGCAGCGUCAUCGUCUCCACACACAAAGUGCCCGACGGCGGCUCCUCCGCUCUGCCCCACAAACUGCGGAUCAAAUCCAGAACCCUGCAGAUCAAAGUGGAGGCCGUCGACCCCGAGUACGAGUCCUCCGCCAAGCUCACGGCUCCGGAGGAGGGGGGCUGCCGGGCCGCUCAGGACUGCUCGGGGCUCGCCAAGACCCCCCACUGCCCCCUGUCGCUGCAGCUCAGCAGCAUGCGGGACUGGAGUGGGCGGAGCUCCAGCCCCGCCGCUAACGCACAGGAAGACGCCGGCGGCCCCGUCACGCCGCCUGCCUCGGAGCAAGGCACGUCUCAGAGCACCGCUGACCGCCGGGGGCCUUCACCACCGCCGGGCUCCUGCCCAUGAUGCUUCACUGUCGUCGCUGUCCACUGUGUGUGUGUGUGUGUGCGUGUGUGAGUGUGAAACGUUUUGAUUUGGUCUUCAGUCUGGAGCUGUUGACGCGGCGCCAGAGUCUCAGAUUAAAGCUGUUUGGAGGCGUUUCUCCUUCUUUACAGGCCGCAUUCAUUCUCAACACCCUGCUUCCCGGCCCCCACACACUCUUACUUUUUAGUUUUCUAAAAGUCUGCAGAUCCAGGAGAGAGGUUACGGAUCAGUUCGGGGGUUUCUACCAGCAGCCAGUCCAGAUUAUAAUCUGGACCGGCUCGGAGCAGGAGAACAGCAGCAUAAUAAUCCACAAACAGCUGGACGAGCAGAGGGACCAGAACGGUCCUGACUGGCUCACUGAGUCCGGCCGCCAUUUGCCUUACAGCUGAAACCCUUCAUGCUUUAUGAUUAUGUUGUAUGAUCGCCGGAUCCAGAAAUACGGUUUUGAAGAAAUAUGAGUUGAAAUCAGAGCCCAUUCAAAAACAAACAAAAAGCUCCUUUUCUGGAAACACAGAUGUUUAGGUUUUCCACUGUUUUCCUGCGAGCCGCCGCCUGCUUUGCUUUACUUUUGUUGCGAGCACACCUUUUAUUUUUGGUAGUUUAGUUAGACGACUGAAAGCCUCCAGGCUGCUGGUUAAACUGAGAUGGUGUGUGACACUGGCCGAGAGCUGUGGCUUCUUCUGAUGCUGCUGGCAGAGGAGAGCGAGAAGACUUCACCAAGCAAGACGUCCUGCGAGGGUUCGAAUCCCGCGCCCUCACAGCGCCGGACGGAGGCGGCGGCGCUCAGCAGGUGGAUUAUUUAUUCUGUCUCGCCGUGAGAGGUGAUCCCGUCCCGGGAGGAGAGUUUAAACUCUGACACUGAAAGUGUGUUUGUUGACAGACUGAGCAGGAAGUGAUGAUGAUGAUGAUGAUGAUGAUGAUGAUGAUGAUGAUGAGCCCCUUUGCCAGCAGCCUCAAAACUUCUUGUAAUAGUGAGUUUUUUGUUUACAAUAAAUGUCCUGCCACUGAC